AUGGACCCAGUCUCACAGUUGUUUCCUGAUGUCUGGUUCUCCAUGUCCGUUACCUCCGAUAUUUCCUACAUUUGUUGUGCCAGGGUCCGUAGGGUUUUACCCAGCGAGGCACGGGUGGUGGCCAGGAUUCUUCCGCAGUUCCUGGACGACUUCUUCCCUCCGCAGGACGUCAUGAACAAGGUCAUCGGAGAGUUCCUGUCCAAUCAGCAGCCUUACCCACAAUUCAUGGCUACUGUCGUCUACAAGGUGUUCCAGACCCUCCAUGCUACAGGCCAGUCCAGUAUGGUGACAGACUGGGUGUUACUGUCUCUGUCUAACUUCACCCAGAGAACCCCAGUUGCCAUGGCCAUGUGGAGUCUGUCUUGCUUCUUCAUCUCUGCCUCCACCUCCCAGUGGGUCUCUGCCCUCCUGCCCCAUGUCAUCAGCCGUAUGGAAAACCCUGAGGUGGUGGACAUUUUCCUGUUCUGUCUGGUGGCCCUGGACUUCUACAGACACCAGCUGGAUGAAAACAUCAGAGCCUUUCAGUCUGUCUUCCAGACCGUGGCCUCGCAUACUUCAUUUAUCAGCAGUUUUACUGGACUGUCUGCAGACUGCUGA